AGCUCCACUGUUUCAUCCAGUUGCACUGCACGUCUACACCACAGCACAGCGCGCACACCACACGGGCGGGGCGUAGAUAGGGAUGUCGUGGGAGGAGCCCGGCAGCCCGCAGCUGAGCCUCAGCGGCUUCAGCUCCCUCCCCUCCAUCUCCAGCACUGCCCAUCCGCCUGCCCGCCUGCCCUCCCUCUCCCUCAGCAUCGGCAACGGUAGUGCCGACGGAGAGGAUCAGCAGCUGGGCGUCAGCAGCGACGACGGCCACAAGAGCAUUCGGGCGAUGAAGAACAGGGAGUCGGCGCUGCGGUCCAGGGCCAGGAAGAGGGCCUACACGCAGGAGCUCGAGAAGGAGGUCCGCCGGCUCGUCGAGGACAACCUCAAACUCAAGAGACAGUGCAAACAGCUUCAGUCGGAGAUCGCUGCACUCAGCGCCCAGCAGGCAAGCAACAAGCAGAGCAGCCCACACCGGAGAACUUCGUCCACUCAGUUCUAGCAGCGCUACACCAGGAUGCGCGAGGGCUUCAUUUUCAUCGCUGGCUAGCAAUUGAUUAGUAUCAGUAAGAUCUAAGAUGAGCUGGUAGUUGGAUUUUGGCUUCAAUGAACUCAACUGCACGAUCGAAAUGCCAGCGCGUGGGCUUACUUUGCCUCGGCUGAUCCGUUCAUCUCAUGUGCAUUUCUCUGCAUGUAUUGCUGUGUGCACUAGUCAGACUGGAUGCCUGGACCAGAGCACAUGCAACCUGCCUGCGAUUAAUUGUGUUGCAGAGCACCUUUAUUAAUAAUGCUGAAUCGCAAUCCAAUUGUGCUUGUUAGCUUCAGAA